AGGGUGGCAAGACAAGUCCUGGAGGUGCCUGUGCAUGGCGCUGUCUCUGAGCCUGGUCUUGGUGGUCACUGUCCUCAGUGUGGUCCUGCCACAAGUGUUCAGGACAAGUCAGCAGCUUCGGAUGGCAGUGACACAGAUGGAGAGGACGGGUGAGUGGCGCAGAGGGGGCAUCCCCUGGGGCCCUGGUGUGAGUGUGACCCUCACCUACCUCUCUCCCUGCAGUGGCCCAGGGACUGGCCGGUGUGGGCUAUGCCCGGGAUACCCUGAGAGCUGAGAUGUUCAGGCUACUGGAGGCCACCCGUGUGGGCAACGGCUCCUCCUGCCAGCCCUGUGACCCUGGCUGGGGUGCCUCCCAGGGCUCCUGCUACCUGGUCAUCCCUGGCAACUUCAGCUGGAGUCAGGCCUUGCUGGGCUGUGCGUGGGCACAAGCACACCUCGUGGUCAUCAGCGGCCCAGCGGAGCAGACUUUCCUGACAUCAACUGUGAAUACCACAACCUGGAUUGGACUCUCCAGAGAGGCCCAGGAAGGCACCCACCGAAACUGGGCCCCUGGAGAACCCGGAGAUGACAGGGCCACGCGGAGCUGCGUGGCGAUGCUGCCCUGGGGGUCCUGGCAGGGCUCAUCCUGCAGAACUGAUGAUGCGGCGUCCAUCUGCGAGCCGCGGCAGAGCUGCUGAGCCUGGGGAGUGCGGGCCCCACCACGACUGUAAGGGGCAUCUCUCCACCGCCCACGCCCCUUUCUUGGCAAAAGUCUCCUGUGCCCCUUUCCUCUGUUCUGUCUGUCACUGUAUUGUAUCAUCUCCUUCCUGAUCCCAACCCCUUUUGCAAAAGACCUGGCCCCUGCCUGCUGUCAUCUAUCUUUUAUUUUACUUUUUUUUUCUGCU